AUUUUUUAUUUUUAUUUUUGUAUAUUUCUUUAUGGUUUUUUAAAAAAAACUAUGAAGCAUUUGCAAUUUGUGCUCGUCCUGGCCAUCGCGGUCAACGUGUGGGAAUGUGGAGACGCAAAAUUCGGCGAGAGGGGAGAACUUAGCCCCAGGAGGAGAAGAUGUUACGACGGAAGCUUGCCCAAGCGGCUGAAGAAAAGGGAGAGAAAAGUGUUACUUGACGGCAGCAGCGGCGAAGUUUGCCACAGGUUGUAUCCCCGUGUGUCCUGCUGUCCCACCAGGAGAGCCGCCUAUCAGAUCCUGCACCGCAGGGAUGCAAGGAUUUUCUCUACCAACAACACCGAAUGUGGACGUCUCCUGGAGGAGAUCAAGUGUGCUCGCUGCUCCCCCAAUGCCCAGGUGUUGUUCCACUCCUUGGACAUGGAUAAGAUGCCACACAGGGAGCCAGACCUGCCGCGGCUAUGCCAGGACUUCUGCCGCGAGUUCUACUACACCUGCAGGGGGCACAUACCAGAACUGUUCCAAGCCGAUGUGGAUGAGUUCUGCCAAUACUAUGGGAGGAGAGAUGCCAGCCUGUGCUUCCCAGAUUUUCAACGAAAGCAACCGCAAGGGCAAGAUUCCAACUACUUGGGAGAUGAGAUAAUAGAAGAUAUCAACAGGAAACACAAACACAACUGCUACUGUGCCCAGGAGGUGUUGAGUGGUCUGAGGCAGCCGGUGGCUGUGGUGCACUGCGGGGAUGGAUCCCAGCGGCUCUUUGUCCUGGAGAGGGAGGGGAUUGUCAGGAUACUCAACCAUGACCUCGAGCUAAUCAAGGAGCCCUUCCUGGACAUCCACAAGCUGGUGCAGAGCGGCCUGAAGGGUGGAGAUGAAAGGGGCCUGCUAAGCCUGGCAUUCCACCCCAAUUACAAGAAGAAUGGCAAGCUCUACGUCUCUUACACCACCAACCAAGAGCGCUGGGCCAUCGGACCACACGACCACAUUCUCCGUGUGGUUGAAUACACCGUUUCGAGGAAAAACCCGAACCAGGUGGACACACGGACUGUGCGGGUGCUGAUGGAAGUGGCAGAGCUGCACAGGAAACACCUAGGCGGUCAACUUCUGUUCAGCCCUGAUGGUCUGUUGCACAUCAUCCUGGGAGAUGGCAUGAUCACCCUGGAUGAUAUGGAGGAGAUGGAUGGACUCAGUGAUUUCACAGGGUCUGUCCUGAGGGUAGAUGUGGACACAGACUGCUGCACAUCACCUUAUUCCAUACCGGGGAACAACCCUUACUUCAACAGUACCAACCAGCCACCUGAAAUUUUUGCCCAUGGAUUACAUGACCCAGGCAGGUGUGCAGUGGAUCGGCUUCAGACAGACAAUGGGAGCUUCCUGAUCCUCUGUACAGAUGCCAUUGGCAAAAACACAUCAGCAGGAAGAAUACUGGAGAUUACAAAGGGGAAAGAUUAUGAAAAUGAGCCUUCUGUCUAUGACCUGCAGUCCAGUGGAGGAGCAUCACCUGUGGGGGGCUUCAUCUACAGGGGCUGCCAGUCUAGAAGACUUUAUGGCAGUUACGUGUUUGGAGAUAAAAAUGGUAACCUGCGGAUCCUCCAGAAGUCUACGUUGUCAACAUCAGCAAGUGGUGAACAGUGGCAGGAGAAGGCUCUGUGUCUGGGCUCAGCUGGUUCCUGUGGCUCCAUGCUUGUGGGGCAUAUCUUGGGUUUUGGAGAGGAUGAACUAGGUGAAGUCUACAUACUGGCAAGCAGUAAAAGCAUGGUGCAGUCACACAGUGGAAAACUCUACAAGCUGGUAGAUCCCAAAAGGCCUCAUGCCCCCAAGGAGUGCCAGCGUCAGGUGGAGCCUCCAGAGCUGCUGAUGACAGCUUGUUCCAGACACUGUAAGAACGGACACUGCACUCCUACAGGCAAGUGCUGCUGCAGCCCCGGCUGGGAGGGACCCUUCUGCCGAGUUGCCAAAUGUGAACCAGCCUGCCGCAACGGAGGAGUCUGCAUGGAGCCCAACAAGUGCCUGUGUAAGAGCGGCUACUCCGGGGCCCAGUGUGAGAACAGUGAGCAGGGUAUGCCCAACGACCAGGAGAAAGACGGCAUACUAGACCACAUCAUUGACAUGACCUCGUACCUCCUAGAUCUGACCAGCUAUAUCGUAUAGGGGCGCGCAGAGGGGGGCUGCUCCCCGCUGUCAUCCUCAAGUUGACACAGAUCUACCUACCACCACCAGCAGACUCUAACGAGGUGUCCUUAAUAUGGCCUCCUAAUCUCCCUCACACCCAUACAUGUACACACACACACACACGCACACACACACGUAAUACACACAGGAUCCCCGUCAGACUGCUUUACAUCCUCAUCACCAAACUCUUCCUCUUUCUCCUAUAAGCUACUUGCUCUUGAGCACCAGGCCUGGCAUCCAAGCCGUGUUCACUGACCUGCAGACAGCAGCAAGAUGAUUGACAAGCAUGGCUAAGUUAUGGAAGUUCCACUAAGACAUUUCCUCCUCUGUCAUUGAGAAAAAACGCUUGUACACGGCUGACUCCACAGGAACAGGAACUCCACGGGAACAGACACUUUUAACUCAAGACUUUGGAUCUUUUCUGUCGCCUUACGUAGAGACCCCCACAAAAAAAGAAAAAAAGGGGUUUUGAAGCAUUUCAGCGGGGACAGUUGAUUGUCAGGGGGUUCUUUAAGGAUUUAAAAUUAGAGCGGUGUGGCUCAAGAUCCAAGUUUGUGCUCAUGGUACAUCAAAAUCCAGCAAUAAUACUAAAUGUCGGCAUACACAGACUUUUGACGGACACUCUGCACCUCUGCCUCGGUUAUACAAAGCUGAGAAGUCGAUGAGAGUCGAGGUCACUUAGAGCCUGCUUUGUGCUAUACUAUUCUAAAGGCACUAAUACAAGAGAGAUGAACCAUGUUGUCUCACUUAUGAUGUUGUAUUUAGUUUGUGGGCACAUUGUCAUAAAAAGCUAUAACAGUAUACGGUAUGUAUACUUUGUUUCGCAACACUCACUUGCUAUCAAUGUACAGAAUGGAUCUACAGCAGAGGACUGUUACCUACAACAGAAAUAGGGACGACCGAGUGAGAACGUUUUGUCAAAGCCAGUUUUCAUACAAUCUGAACGGAGUUAUUGGCUCCCAUGCACUGUAUUCAUUUUUUGUUUCAUUCACUUUAUUAUUCAAAAUGAAUUUGUCAUUAAAAGCGCAAUGAGAGUAGUUUCACAUCCACACAUAAGUAACACUACGACAGGUAUGAUCUAACAAACUCCUUUUUCGUUGCGUCACACACUGAACCUGAACUCAAAACUACAAAAGGGAAGAGAUAGCGCGGUGAUGUAUAUUUCCAAUAGAGCUUACCUAAGUACUACUUAGCAUUGCAAAAAAAAACAAAAAAACAAAAAAAAAACUAUAGCAUUACUAUUGUUAUCAUAGAGGAGGGUUUAUUUUUUUAAGCGUAAUAAUAUAUGGGAGAGAAUGGUGUUUAUAGAAAGCAGUUUUACACUAAGCUUGUCAGUUCAUGUCAUUUCAUUGUUCUUGUACUUAUACAUAUGCUUUUUCCUCUGUCAAGAAAGACACAUGAGGUGCGUCAAAGUAACGCAUGUCUGUGCCUGCGUAGGAUAAUUCGGAGCAGUUGGCUGAGUCCAUCUAAUUCUUCUCCCUGAUGUGUGGUUUAAUUACCUCCGUCAGAAAUGUGUCUCCGUUGCGAGAUGAUCAAAGAUCCCGUCGGGCCACCAAGUCAACUGUGGAAGCAGUUCACAGUCAGGCGCAGAUCUUAUCUGUGGGGAGCAGAUUAAAGUUUAACCUAAGGAUGUGUCUAAUGAGAUAAGAUUGAACGAUUGAUCUGACUCCUACAUGUAAUCAGUUUGCAGCCUGGGAUUGUCUGGAGUUUUGUGUUAUCAGAUGCCAGACUGAAGUUCAAACAGAUGCAGUACAUACAUACGUGCAUGCCCGUAUUCUCUUAAUCUAAUAACUUCUCUUAUUAAGCCAUUUAAAUUCCAUAAAAUUAGUCAAUCAUUGUGUUUUUUUUUUGUUUUUUUUUAAGGCAAACAUUCGUAAUUUUGCCCUCUCCCCCAAAUUUUAUUUUGAAAAACACAUUUCCAAGUAUCACGGUUAAUUGAAGUUCAUUGUCCGUAUUUGUUCUUCAUCUCCCGCCUCGCUUGUGUUGCUGAAAUAAAUCAACUCUACCUGGUCAAAAUGGAAUUCAUGCUGUAAAAUGGAAAAUUAUAAUUUUUUUAGCACUUAAUGUGAAAGUUGCAUUGUAGCUGCUGAGACGGCGUGGUGUGAAUAGAAUAACCAUUUUCAUUAUUUAAGUAGUUACACAAAUAAAAUAAUUAUUUAAGUUCUCUAUGUUGUUUUUACCAUUGUACUGUAUGUGACAUUUUUUUUUAUUCCUGUAUUGUAAAUAAAACUAGGGAUAACUUUGUUUCUCUACAGAAAUAUCAAUAUGUCUAUUAAAAUUUAUAGCAUGUCUGAAA